AUGGCUCUGCAAUAUCCUCAGCUGCAGAGCGGUUUUGACAACUUGAAAUACCAGAUCAAGGACGCAUUCUGGGCGCUCUCGUCAUGUAUAUGCCAGCAGUCCGCCAAAGUCAAAAUCAAUGGUCGCACAUUCAAAAUCGUCAAGGUCCUUGGAGAGGGAGGGUUCUCGUUCGUCUACCUUGCGCAGGAUGAGCACAGCGGGAGACAAUUCGCGUUGAAGAAGAUCCGGUGUCCCAGCGGUCAUGAAGAUGUGAGGCAAGCCAUGCGGGAGGUGGAGGCGUACAGGCGGUUCAAGCACCCAAACAUCAUUCGCAUUCUGGACUCUGCCGUUGUUCAGGAUCCCAAUGGUGACGGCCAGAUAGUUUACCUCUUCCUCCCUCUGUACAAGCGGGGCAACCUACAAGACGCUAUCAAUGCCAAUUCCAUCAACGGCACUCACUUCUCCGAACAAGAGAUGCUCCGUCUAUUCAAGGGCACAUGUGAAGCUGUCCGCGCUAUGCACGACUACCGUGCACCCGUCGGUUCGAAGAACGAACAUUUUCCGUCGCGCGAGAACCAGUCCUCAUCAGCGCAGCGAAAUACGGGUCGUCACUCUGAGGACGAGGAAGACAUGUUCCCGCAUCCUGAGGGUGAUGGCGAUGGUGGAUAUUCCUACAACAGUCCAGGAUCUGGGUCUGCGGUGCCUCUCAUGUCGAGACACAGACCGUCGGGGGAGCACGAGACUAUAUUCGACGGCGAUGAGGAGCUGAAUAGGAUACAGCAGAACAAUAAUGAGACGUCCGGGCAGACGGAACUUGUGCCGUACGCUCACCGUGAUCUGAAGCCUGGAAAUGUCAUGAUCGCGAAUGACGGUACGCCGAUCUUGAUGGACUUUGGCAGCGCGAUGAAAGCCAGGAUCAAGGUGGAGAAUCGCUCUCAGGCGCUGCUACAGCAGGAUAUCGCCGCUGAGCAGAGUACCAUGGCGUACCGAGCACCGGAGCUUUUUGAUGUCAAAACGGGGAUAACGCUGGAUGAGAAAACGGAUAUUUGGUCUCUCGGAUGCACUCUCUUUGCCCUAGCAUACUCGCAUUCACCAUUCGAGAACCUGCAGACGACCGAACAAGGUGGUUCAAUAGCCAUGGCAGUUAUGAAUGCGCAGUACAAACAUCCUAGCUCUGCGUACUCCCAAGGACUCAAGAACCUCAUCGACAGCAUGCUCGAAGUAAAUCCACAGGAGAGACCAGAUAUCCACCAGGUCCUGGAGACGACGGAGCGAGUGCUGCAGAGCUUGAGAUAG